UGUAAAUUGGAAAACGCAACACGGUGCGUAUUCGAUUCAAUCAGUCCGUCGUUGGCGUUCAUUCGUGUGUCUUUUCAUUGGACACGCAUAGUACCCCAUUUAUUUUUUAACGUGCUAUCGUUGUUUCCUGCUUGAAAUUUUCCUGGCUCUCUCGCUCUCUAUCUUUUUCACUUCCCCUCUCUGUGUCUCUGUGUGUGGAAAAACCAACAUGACUGACGUGUCAACAACGGCGAUCGUCGAGCCACUGCCGCCACAAUCCGAUUGGGAGUUGGCAUUCGUCUAUGCUUUCAUAUCCAACUUUCGCAAACAUACCAACCACGGCAUUCAUCCAUUCCCUGAUUUGCAACCAGAGGAUCUCGAACAAGCAUUACAUCUAGAAUCGAGUGAACUCUUGGACGAUCUGUUGGGUAGUUUCUUGAGCAACGUCUUGAAUCGAAAAAAACGCCUCGAGAGCAAGCAUCAUGUCAAGGAACUGUCAAAGCUCAUCAAUACAAAACUACAAGCUCUUGAAGUUAAUCUGGAUCAUAACCCUUUGAGUCAAGUUUCGUCAUUUGGCGCGCUUCCUGCAGCUGUCAAGUUGAAAAUACUGCGAUCGUUGGUGGAAUGGCAACUUCAAGAAAGUACUUUGAUACGUUCUAUACUCGACACGGCUCUUAAAUCAAGCGACGUCUUACGACUACAGCCGAUUGGAACGGACAGCGAAAAACGAAUAUAUUGGCAUUUUGGAGAUGCGGCUUGGCUAUGGCGUGAAAAGCCAACAUUAAAAGCGAAAUAUCGCUGGGAGACUGUAUGUCGCGACCUCGAAGAGCUACAGCAGUUUACAGAGAAUCUAUCAAAAGACAAACGACACGAGAGAGCACUGUAUCAGCAUCUGAUAGAGCAAGUAAUUCCGUACGUCGAAAAUGCACAGCGUAAACGUCAACGAAAAGCAAGGGCAUUAGAACGUCAAUUAGCAGUAGCAGAAGAGCUUGCGACGCCAAGACGAUUACGAUCACGAGAAAAUGUCAAACCUGUAAAAUAUACAUUCGAUGAUGAUUUCGACGACGCGUUUGAAGACGAAGGAGCAGUAUCAGAUGGAUUUCAAGCGGACGAGGGGAUGGACGAGGACGACGAUGAAGAAAGUAGCGGUGGUGAGGAGAUGGAAGGAACGCAAAGAGCCACACAAAUGCCUGUACGAUCAAGUCGUAGACUCAAUCCAGGUCGACGGCGACGACGAUCCUCAGUAGCAUCUUUAUCAUUGUCACCUUCACCAACACCACCACAUCCCAUACCGUCCACUACGCACGAUAAUAAUAGCAACAACAAUCAUUCGCAAGCAACACAUUCGCCAGCAUCAUUAUCACCAUCAUCAUCGCAAAUAUCAGUGGGAACAGAAAAGGGACAAGAAGGAGAAGUAAUCUACAGUAAUGGCUACACGACUCUACAAGAAAAUGAAAAUAUCCUUGUUGACUGAAAGGAGAAAAAAAAACACCCUCUUUGCACUUUUCCUACUUUGCAUAAUUGACAUUUUACAUAAAGAAAAUCUUACAAGACAUUCAUGCA